UGGCCGCGCCGAGCCGGGUCAGCUGUGGAGGGCGCGGGGGACUUUGCCACCCGGAGCUGCUGCGACUCCGGCGCCCAGGCCGCCGGCCUUUGGAUGGGGAGUCUUCGCUGGUGACUGUCACUUCAGUCCUCCCUGUGUGGCUUCGAGUCGGGUCGCUCUGCUGCGCUCCAUCCCUUCUCCUAAAGAUGCAUCCUGACUUAUCUCCACACUUGCACACUGAAGAAUGCAACGUCUUGAUUAACUUGCUUAAGGAAUGUCACAAAAAUCACAGCAUUCUGAAAUUUUUUGGUCAUUGCAAUGAUCUUGAUCGGGAGAUGAGAAAAUGCUUGAAGAAUGAGUACAUGGAAAAGAGGACCAAGAGCAGGGAGCAUGGCAAUGCGAUGAGAAAAAGACUUUUUAAUCCCGCAGAGGAAUCUGAAAAAUAAAUUGCAGGCAUACCUCGUGUUAUUGUGCUUCAUU